UGAGCAUCGUGAGCUCACGGGAAUCAGAUGACUUGCCUACUGUCAGGCACCAUGUCGGCAGAAACACCAACCACCCUGAAUAUGGACAUUCAGGAUCUGCAGAUCCAGACAGUCACUGUUGAGAAGCUGCUGGAGCCUCUGAUAAUCCAGGUUACCACACUUGUAAACUGUCCGCAGAACCCUUCCAACAGGAAAAAGGGACGUUCAAAGAGAGCCAAAGUUCUCCUGGCUUCUGUGGAGGAAGCAACCUGGAAUCUGUUAGACAAGGGGGAGAAGAUAGCCAAGGAAGCGGCAGUUUUGAAGGAAGAGCUCACAGCUGCGCUCCAGGAAGUUCGAAAAGAGGGCAGUGCUCUGAAGGUAUCGGCGGAGAGAUUUACAGAUGACCCCUGUUACCUCCCAAAAAGGGAGGCUGUGGUUCAAGCCGCCCGCGCCUUGUUGGCAGCAGUGACAAGACUCCUUAUCCUUGCGGACAUGAUUGAUGUCAUGUGUCUCUUGCAGCAUGUGUCAUCUGUAAGGUUGAUAUAUGAACACCUCAGGAAUGAAAACAACAGGCGAGAUUUGAAAAAAACAUAUGCUAAGUUGGGUAAGAAACUGAGGAAUUUUGAUUUCUUGGACUAUAAAAGACAAAAUGACUUAAAAUCUCCAAGCCAGAGGGAUGAAAUCGCAGGGGCCCGGGCCACCUUGAAGGAGAACUCCCCCCUCUUGCAUUCGAUUUGUUCAGCUUGUUUGGAACAUUCCGAUGUUGCUUCGCUCAAAGCCAGUAAGGACACAGUCUGUGAAGAGAUCCAGAAUGCUCUUGAUGUAAUUUCAAAUGCUUCCCAAGGCAUCCAGAAUGUGCCAGCACUUUCUGAACCUCAGGCGGCAACCCUGGGAAGUGCUCUUGAUGAGCUGGAGAAUUUAAUUGUCCUGAACCCACUCACAGUGACAGAGGAAGAAAUAAGACCAUCACUAGAGAAACGCCUAGAAGCCAUCAUCAGUGGGGCUGCACUGUUGGCUGACUCUUCCUGCACCAGAGACUUCCACCGAGAGCGGAUUAUCGCUGAGUGCAAUGCCAUCCGCCAGGCUCUCCAGGAUCUGCUGUCGGAGUACAUGAACAACACUGGAAAAGCAGAGAAGAGUAAUACCCUGAAUGCCGCCAUAGACAACAUGAGCAAGAAGACACGAGACCUCCGCAGACAGCUCCGCAAAGCUAUUAUCGAUCACGUAUCAGACUCUUUCUUGGACACAACAGUUCCACUCCUGGUUCUCAUUGAAGCUGCUAAGAAUGGCCGAGAAAAGGAAAUCAAAGAAUACGCUUCGAUAUUUCAUGAGCACACAGGCAGACUUGUGGAGGUGGCAAACCUUGCCUGUUCCAUGUCAACAAACGAAGAUGGGAUUAAAAUUGUCAGAAUUGCCGCAAAUCAUCUGGAAACCCUGUGUCCACAGAUCAUAAAUGCUGCACUUGCUUUGGCAUCAAGACCCAAGAGUCAAGUAGUCAAAAACACCAUGGAAAUGUAUAAGCGCACGUGGGAGCAUUACAUUCAUGUUCUCACUGAAGCAGUGGAUGACAUCACUAGCAUUGAUGACUUCCUAGCUGUAUCUGAAAGCCACAUUCUGGAAGAUGUCAACAAAUGCAUUAUAGCCUUAAGGGACCAGGAUGCUGAUAACUUAGACCGAGCUGCAGGUGCCAUCAGAGGACGAGCUGCAAGAGUAGCUCAUAUCGUCACAGGGGAAAUGGACAGUUAUGAACCAGGCGCUUACACUGAUGGUGUGAUGAAAAAUGUCAACUUCCUCACAGGCACGGUGAUUCCAGAGUUUGUGACACAAGUCAAUGUUGCCUUGGAUGCCUUAAGCAAGAACUCGCUGACUGUGCUUGAUGAUAACCAGUUUGUGGACAUCUCCAAGAAGAUCUAUGAUACAAUCCACGAUAUCAGAUGUUCGGUCAUGAUGAUUCGGACUCCAGAGGAACUGGAGGAUGUUUCUGACCUUGAAGAAGAUCAUGAGGUCCGGAGCCACACCAGCAUUCAGACAGAAGGGAAAACUGACCGAGCUAAGAUGACUCAACUGCCCGAGGCAGAGAAGGAAAAGAUUGCUGAGCAAGUCGCUGAUUUCAAGAAGGUGAAGAGCAAGCUGGAUGCUGAGAUUGAGAUCUGGGACGACACAAGCAAUGACAUCAUUGUUCUUGCCAAGAAGAUGUGUAUGAUCAUGAUGGAGAUGACAGACUUCACAAGGGGAAAAGGACCACUAAAGCACACCACUGAUGUAAUCUAUGCAGCUAAGAUGAUAUCAGAGUCAGGAUCAAGGAUGGAUGUUCUCGCUCGGCAGAUUGCUAACCAGUGUCCAGAUCCACCUUGCAAACAGGACUUGCUGGCUUAUCUGGAACAGAUUAAAUUCUACUCCCACCAGCUGAAAAUCUGCAGCCAAGUUAAAGCUGAGAUCCAAAAUUUGGGGGGCGAGCUCAUCAUGUCAGCCUUGGACAGUGUCACCUCCCUGAUCCAGGCAGCCAAAAAUUUAAUGAACGCUGUGGUGCAAACAGUGAAAAUGUCGUACAUUGCUUCCACCAAGAUCAUCCGCGUCCAGAGUUCUGCGGGGCCCCGCCACCCGGUUGUCACGUGGAGAAUGAAGGCUCCAGCAAAGAAGCCCUUGAUUAAAAGAGAGAAGCCAGAAGAAACGUGUGCAGCUGUCAGGAGAGGCUCAGCAAAGAAGAAGAUCCACCCCGUUCAAGUCAUGAGUGAAUUUAGAGGGAGACAAGUCUACUGAGGCUCUAGUCCACUCCAGUGCCCAUUGCCACACCCCCACGCCAAACGCACUGCUUUAUUUCAUAGUUCAUUGGUUCUUUAAUUUCACUAAGUUUUCAGAGUUAAGCUCACAAAUAACAUACAGCAUUGGGGUUAAGCCACUGUUCACAGUGUGUAUUUGGGGUCCUGUCUCUGUCUUCUCUCUCCAGCCAGCACAGCCCAGUUAAGCAUCAGGUAGUACCUAGGGGAAAAAAAAAAAAUUCACAAGUGUCAUUUGAGCCUUGCCCUUCCCAGGGAAGAGCUUAUGUUCAUUAUGAAAUGAAUACAAGAGACAAAGUGAGUUCGGCUUACCCAGACGUGUUUGAGCCCACAACACUCUUUCUCCUUGCGAAGGAAGACACUCUCACAAGCUUUCCCCUCCCUUUUUGUUAGACACAAGAGAGUUGAUCAACUGUUUUCCUAAUUAGUGUCCCUGCUUUAUCAGAUCUCACCUGGUACCUAACCUGCCAGAAAUGGGUUGUUCUUGCCAUAGGAAACCCUUUUCAAUUUCUAGAUCUCCUUACCCAUUGGUAGUUGGUUAACUGACUCUAACCGGACACGCAUGGUCAAGCUUCUUAGUAGAUUUUGGAAGUCAGGCAUGCUGUUAAAGGCAUGCUUUGGUGACACCCAAGGCUCCAAGGACUCUAGAGGCUGUUUGCAGCUUUGAUUCCUACUUGGUUCAGAAGUUCUGCACUCUUAGUGUUGGGCCCACCUCAGCACACCUGCGUAGUCUUAUCCCAUUGGGGAAACGGAUUUGUGGUUGUUGAUUUGUUCGUUUAGUGCUGGGAUUCAAACAGCAUCGCACAUGCUAGGCAAGUGGUCCACUCCUGAGCUGCACACCCAGCUCUUCUGUUAGAGAAAUGAGACAUGGAGUUAAGUCUACGAUAGAGAAAACCAAAGGAAUUCCCGCAUGAUUCUAAAAGUCCCCUCGUAUCCAUUCGCAAUUGUCAUUAAAAUGAAAGACCAGUUUGCAAAGGCUUUGGGCACUGAAUGAAGUCUACCACCCAACAAUGAAGCAGAAAUAAUGACAAUGAGUUUGGAGUGAUUUUAAACCCCACCUUUAAGUGAAUGUCACUGAGGUCAUUUUACAUGUCCAUUGACUAUGGUUAACUAUAGCUGAGUUUAUGGUGGACUCUGUAGUCGUUUAAGAGGGUGGAACAUAACAGGGAUAUCCCUUUUUCUUUCCAUCACUUCCCUCACCCUUGUAUUUUCCUCUCUUUCUUCACACUGUGCUGUGUAUCUGCUGUGUUGGAGGAGUGAAGCUUCAGUUUUACCAUGCCACACUCAAAGAUUUUCUCUCCCUUUAUUUCAUUUUACUGUAUCAGAAUUUUUCUAUAAUUGAAGCCCUUCACUUUUACAACACUGCCCUUGAAGAGUCAUUUUGACACUUUCAAUUUGUCAAUUAUUAUUUCUAUAUAUAGCAUAAGUUGGGGUUAAGAGGGACACUUGUACAUGAAGCAAAAGGAAUUGUAAAGGUUGGGGAUUCAUUGUGUAAUCUCUUGAACAAAAAAGAAAAGAAAGGUUUAACAGAUGACUCUGUUAUUGAGGUGAAUAUUAACUCUUUUAAUAUAUUGAAUUAUUUCAUUCUUACAAAAUGCUGGGGUGAUUGCCUGAGAUCUCUAUCAACUUAGAGGAGCUAGGAGGAAUCCACCCAUUUCUUCUGUCAUCUUGCCCUAAGGACUUUCCCAUAAUAAUUAUUCUGAACAGAGUGUGCUUUCAUAAUGAGAGGCAGAAUUUAGUCUUCCAGGUAAUGCUGGCUUUCAGUGUUACCUGCACAAAUGAGACAAAUAAAGAGCCACUGCUAUUGAAAUGCUACUGUAGUGUUCUGUACUCAGUGGAGAGCAAUUUUAGCAUAGAUUUCUCUUGGGUACAAUGCAGAUUUAUAAUUUGGGGAACAAUGAAUUUCCUAAAAAUAUACAAAAACAACCUCACAUAGGCCAGAAUCACAAAUCUUCCUUGCAAAAUCCAGGGUUCCUUUUGCCCCACAUCAUCCUUCUACAUACUGGAAUUUAGAAUGAACCAUGGUAAGAAAAUAAUAAUAACAGAAAUAAUUUUAAAUGAUACAAGUAGCAGAUAACUUGACCCAAAAUGAGAUAUAAUCAAGGCCUUCACUUUUGUACAAUGUUCUAGCUAAGCUCCAAACAAACAGCUAUAAUUAAACAAAACAAUAAAAUGUUUGACUUGGUGAAUGCCCACGGAGUCUAUUUUUUUUUUUUUUUGUAGCAAUCAAAGGUAUAAUAAAAACCAGAGGCGUAAACCUGAGAAGGACACCUGUCUACCUGAGAAAUACCUGCAGUGACAGUGUACUAGCUGGAUUCAAACAGUGGGUGACAGAAACAGCUACAGACAAAGAACUUGUGGAGGAGUGCUUGCAAAUGUGUACAAUGUAGAGCACAAUUAGAUGAGUCUGGACAAUAGGUACUCUUUCUAUAUAUUAAUAUGGAGGCAUUUCUGCAAGGGAAUGCUGGGAAAUCUUUAAGGAGAGUGAUAACUUGGUAACUCAGUAUACACUUUUUGAAAUCAUAUCAUUUUGCUUGAUUUUGCUAGUGAAAACUCACCUGUUUUCUAGUAAAAUUAAUUUCAGUCCUCUUACUGAGAAAGACGCACUUGGAAAGAAGCUCUGUACCAUCUACAAGGACAGCUGCAUCUCUAUGUCAUCAUCUAUAUUGUCACCAAGUGCGUUGUUAGAUUCAAAGUAGUCUAGAUUCAGAAUAAUUCAGAAAAUUCUCAAAGUCAUCAAGUAUAAAAGUUGAUAAAUACAAAUUCCAUCUUUUAACUAAAUAAAAAUGUUAGGUUAUAGUAUUUCUUUCUAUUAAAGAUUCUAGAAAUUUUUGAGUAUCUCAGGAAAUUAGGAAAGCAUCCAAUUUCAAGCUAUACUGUCAAUCAUUCUUCUCUGUUUCUCUUAUGAUAUGUGUGUGACCUAUGAAUGUGCUAGGAGAUACAUUAUAGUCCUAAUAUUCCCACAUGCCAUCUAAGAUUGAGAAAUCUCAUAACAUGAAUAUAACACAUAUGCUCCUCAUGAAGUCUCUUCCUCACAUAGGAUAAGGAACCUGAAACUGAACACAGAGGCCUAUUCCUGUAACCUUUCACUCCAGACUAAUUUCAAAGAUCAACUUUUUAACUCAUUAUAAAUGGAAGACCUAAAACUGUGAAUAUAUAAUUAAGUUCUCACUGGGACCUUCAAGUCUCUUCAUAAUAAUGUUCCCAGAUUCAACAGCAAAGCUGCUGAAGAAACUAAGCUUUGACAAUGGGAAAGAUGAUCCCGUGUUCUUAAACUUCCCCUUUGGAGACUGCAGAGAUGGCCCGGGCAAUAAGUGCUUGUCAUGCUAACAUGAAUCUCUGGCUUCUGAUUACCUAUGCCCACAUAAAAAGCCAGGUAGUGGGAUACCCUUGUAAUUCUGGUGCCAGAGAGAGAGGGUCCCUGGGGCUCUCUGGCCAGCAUGGCCAGCCAAAUAUGCAAGCUCCAGGUUCAAUGGGAGUCUCUGUCUCAAAAAAGUAAGGUAGAGUGAUUGAGAGAGAUAACCAAUGUUGACUUCUGGACUCCACAACCAUUCAUUCCUAUUAAUGUGCACCAACAUACACACACACACACACACACACACACACACCACCACCACCACCACCACCACCACCACCACCACCACCUCACUCUCUAGGUAAUCUCAUCUUACCUAAGUGUGCACUCAGUAUCCUCUUAACCGAGUAUAAUGUUCUACUAGAUGACAAAGUCAAGCUAACCCAUCCAAGCAAACUCCAGUUACUGUCACCUGUCAAAUACCAAGCUCCCAGGAACCUCCCAACUCUUUCUUCCUGGUAGGUUGCCCUAUAUGCAAAUAGACUAACAUAUUCUUUGGGACUUUAGUUAAAGUUAUAGUUUAAUUUCCACCAGACUCAUUUCUUCAGCCUUCCUACUUCCCCAAACACUCUUAUAUUCUUUGGUGCCUCAUUUUGAUGCUAGGGAUUGUAGUUCCCAUGGAUACAGACUUCUGUACUGAGGCAAUGUGAGAGAAAUGAGAUCCGAGAAUUUUCCUGGUGAAAUCGACCAUUCUGUUUUAGGAUUGUAAUAAGUAGUUCUCUGGGUGGACAAAAUAGGCACCAGAACCUGAAUUUGAAUGAAAUCCACAUGUUUUAAUCAGCCUGUUCUUGGUUAAGACAGCAUACCAAAUAUACUGUCAGCGAUCAAAUGGCCAUUUUUGUUGCAAAAUCAGAAACUGUUCAGUGAUUAGAAAAUCAAAUGCACCAGUUAAAAAGAAUAUAGCUUGCACAGGAUUUCAAUAUUUUUAGGAAAAAAUGGCUGCAGCAUCAGAUGUAUUUACCUGUAUGUAACACAUCAGGAGACAACAUUUAAUUACAGGAUAGGUCUACAUUUUCUUUUAUGGCUCUUUCCACCUGGUUAUUACUAAGUCUCGAACCCUGGGACUGAUUGCCAAGGUGCCUAUCUAACAUAACGUAUUAACUUAGAUGCCAGUUUCCCCAGCUUCAGCAGUCGCCACCUGUUACAGGGUAUGGCUGGCAUUGCCUGGCCCCCUGUGCUUUACCCUGAAUUCUGCAGCCCAGAGGCGGGGCUGUCCCCAGCUGCCCUUCCCUAUAAAAUCCAACACUUUGGUUUCCCUGUUCUCUUUUGGGGACUCCUGGCUGCUGCACCUGGCUCCCCUGGCUCCCCUCUUUCUUCCCCUCC